AUGUCUUGGUUCUGGGGCGGAGGUGGUGGCAAGGGGGAUCAAAGCGAUCCGGCGAAAGCACUUGACGAUGACUUGAAGCAAUUCUUGAAAGAUCAACAACCCAGACCAUACCGGCCUGCUGAGCUAUCAAAGCCUACCGCUCCGACUCCAACACCCCGAGAAACGCCGGUUCCGGUCGCUAGCACAUCCCAGCCUACAACGGUGGAAGAUCGAGGGCUUCCCAAAGAGUCGUUAUUUCAGGACGGUCGCUACAAGGAUAUCUGGAAGACCUAUGUACCUCAGGAACAAAGCGGGAUUUCGCCUGUAGAGAGGGUCCUCGAGGCCCGAAAAGACCGGCGAGCGACGAUCCACAAGGCAGCCAUGGAAAACUGUGCGUUUGAGCAACAGAUGCAAAUGGAUUGCAUGCACGCCAGCUCAUGGGCGCAGAAAAUUCGGGGAAGAGCGACUCUGUGUCAUGAGGAGAACAAAGCAUACAACAGGUGUUACUCCUUGCAGGCCAAGUUCCUACAAGCUCUUGGAUAUAUGAGCAGCAUGAGUAGCACGGACGAUGACGAGGAAAGGAUACAGAUGCAUGCGGAUAAAUUAUAUCAUCGCAUGAUGGACUACGAGGCUGAGGUGGAUGAUGCCAGACGAAAUGGAAAACCCAUCCCACCACUUGUCUCUCUUUUCAACCCAAAUCGAACGGCCCCGUCGGCGGAUCAAUUGGUGCUGCCCGAAGUCAUCGCGUCGAAAUUGACCAAGCCAUUGGAUGAUUAUGCGCCUCAUGAAAGAGAAUUGGCGGCCAAGGCGGCACUGGAGGAAGCAAAGGUGGCAGACACAUAUGCCAAAGAUCUAUUUAACUACACCACGACCAUGAACGAGGAACGGAAAACACGACAAGCGUGGUUAACGAAAGCAUUCGGUGACACUCUGGGGAAGUUCCUGAUACCGGAUGCCCCGCAAGAUGCCACUCACACGGCGUAUAACGUUCCUGAAUUGGAGGAAAAGAUCUGGGAAAUUAGUAAAAGUGGAUCGACCGAGAAGUAG